AUGAGCCUGAGCCCUCCAUUCGUUGAGGAGCUCAUCCCCUACGACCCGGAUGAAUUUGAUUUCGUGUCAAACGUUCAGGACAUACUGGAGCCUCCAGAGGCACACAUCGGAGACCUGGAGCAAGCAGAGGGGGAGGGUGCGCUCGCGGCCCUGGGCCAGAUUCAUCGAUGGUUUCCACACAGCGGCAAGAGACGGCCACGCAUGCGCUGCCAACUUGUGCACGCUGACUUCAUAGAAACCUAUCAUCGCUUCGUUCGCACGGUCGUGAGAUCGAAUCUCGAGGAGGCGGUCGUCCUUUUCGAGCGUUGCCCGAAUCUGCGAAUCCAAUUAGCUGGUGAAAAAUCCUUAACGGCUCCUCACAGGGACAAAGACCAUCACCAUUCAGAGGCUGAGCUGAACUUCUGGGUUCCCCUAACGAGGUGCUUUGGUGGUGCAAGCCUCUGGGUCGAGUCUAUGCCGGGGAAAGGCGAUUUCCAUGCUCUGACUGUCGAGCCGGGCAUGGCAGCGCGCUUUUAUGGAAACCAGUGCUUGCAUUUCACCAAAGACAACGACACAGACCUCACCCGAGUCUCGUUCGACUUUCGGGUGGUGCGACUUCGGGACCUGGGCUGGUCACAAAUACCUCACCCGGGAUCUCCAGAAGCAGCGCGAUGGAUGAUUUUUUCGUACUAUGAUGUCAUGGGUGCCCACGGUCAUGUUCUCAGCCCGCAGGAGUGGGCCAGCCAAGUGGCACCGUGCCUGCCCGAUCUGUCAACAACCGCUGGAAAUCAAUAUCACCAGCCACCUCGGCCAAGCAGCUGCCGCCAGCGCUCGCGGUCGCCAGAGCACCUCAAAAAAUGCGAGGCAAAGUGGGGAUCUGCGAGACAAGCGAGGAAAAACUGCGCGCGCUGUGGCUGGCUGGCCAACCGGGCACAGCUUGAACAAGUUCUUUGCUACAUGGAUUCCAGUGGCAUCACAAGGCCGUGGGUUGCGGAGAAUCCGGACAGCUACCAACCGUGGGGUCUGGGAUGUCUCCUCUGUCAUCGAGCCUUCCUGGCGGGGCCGAAGGACGAAAGUACUCCCUGGCCUUCUAAAUCCGCUUUCACAGACUUCACGUAUGGGCUUGGAAUGCCAGGGCUCCUGCAGCAGCCCCUGUAUCGGCAUGGCAAUCAUGCCCGGCUCCAGGCCGCUGGUCGCAGUCAAACACAGCUGGUGCUUCCGCAGAACCCGGAGCAUGCAGCCGCAGCCCAGACUUUACGAUGUUGA